CUGCACGCCCCCCCCCCCCCCCACCCCAAAGCAAAAAGUCCAGCUGGCACAAGAACGCUUCACUGCAGAGGAGCUCCGGUGUCCUGACGGAACGCCAGACUCGUCCCUUUUGGAGCCACGCUGCCUGGUUAGUCCGCCGUGAUCAUGGCCAAGAAUCUGAUAAAGAAUCCCAACGGUGAAGAGGAACUGGAAUUCUGGGAGCUGACAGAGAACGGCGGGAGCGAGUGGGUUGUGGAGGACAUGCCGGGAGACUGCGGCCAUGACUUCAGUGAUACGGCAGUGAUGAAAUACUUUGCAACCUCCUUCGAGCUUUGCCUGAAGAGACAAGUGAUUGACUUGCUUGAAGAAGGUUUCACUUGUGAACAGCUGGACGCCCAACCCGUCGUAUCGGUGAAAGACUGGUACUGUGGAAGGCAGGACUGUGGCUGCACCUACCAAAUAACGGCGUGUCUGCUGGAUGAGAAUCACGUGGUCCUGCAGGAGUUCAGCCCCGAACCCGUGACACUCGACCCCGAGUGUGACGACUGUUCAUGGAAAGAGGUCAGCCACACCUUUUCGGAAUAUGGUGCCGGGCUCCGUUUCAUCUCCUUUGAACACGGAGGGCAAGAUACAAAGUACUGGGAGGGCUGGUUUGGAGUCAGGGUUACUGGGAGCUCUGUUACUGUUCAGGUGUAGACAACAGGCAGGCUAGGCGGGGAAAGUUUACUGCCGUUUUUGAAGGGUUAGAGUGCCGGUGCAGGCUUCUAAGUAGUCAUAAAAUCCACAAACGGACUAUAUU